UACUAAUUACUAGAUUAUUAAAGUGUUAUAGUCACCUGAGCUGCCAGUAAAACCUUGACUAACCAAGUGAGGUUCACAAGUCUCACAUAAGUAACAGUGAUUUAUUGGAUACAUUAACUUUUCUUUGAAAUAACACUGCAGUCGAUCAAAAUUUAAAGCUUUACAACAUGCAAUUUCUUACAUGUCUAACAGAGUUGUUUACAUUUUUGCACAUUCGUUACCUCUGUUCUCCAGUCCUUGUGUGUCCGGCUGAAAACAGAGAAUAAUACAUUUAACAUAUUUAAUACUUGCAUGCAAUUUUAUUAGGCAUACCUGGGUAAAAUCAAUGCAGUAUAUGACAAAUCCUGCUAUAAAUCCCCCUUUCAUGUGGAUUAAAAUGUUAAUAUUUUAUUGAAUCUGUUUGAGAGGUGAUACUUCAGUGUCAAAACUAUAAGUAAAUUACACAUAUAUUUACAUGUACUGUGUACCGGAGGUGGGCUGAUUAUUGACACGGCCGAUUACCAGAUCUGAUAUUAACCAUUUAUCUGACUAUCUGCAUCAGUUAAAUCAUUUAGAUAAAUUAAUUAAAAAAUGUGGUGCUUUGGCUCUGAUGCUUCAUACAAUCUGUAAGGUAAAUAAAAACUACAGUAAUCAGAUAAAUGUAGUGGAGUAAAAAAUAAAAUAUUUGUCUCCAAAAUGUAGUGGAGUGGAAAUAUUAAGUGGCAAGUUCAGUACCAACACAAUGUACUUAUAUCCAAUCAAUGAUUGGAUAUAAGUACAUUUACUCAAGUGACAAUAAACAAAUAAUAAAAUGUAAAUUUCCUUACCUUUCUUCUGUAUCUUUUGCAAAUAUUUUGUUGGCUCUUCACUCUUCUCCUCCAGCGUGAGUUGUGCCUCUGUGCCAUUUUCAAAUGAAAAUCAAACGAGUUGCAUUUGGCGCGAACAAGUUGUGAACUUUUAACCCAGUAGAUGAUGCAGCCCUAACGUCAACAUUUCAUUGGGAGAGAGCGCCAUCAGUCACAAAUGCUGCAUCAUGAUUGGUCAAUUGACAUCGGUCUGACUGACGUAAAGUCUUACGUUAUGGUUGGAGUGCGGGAAGGAGAGCUGGAGGAAGAACCGUUACGGGACGUAAAAGAAGAAUGGAUGGCCCAGCAGGAAAUGCCAAAAAAGAGAUGCCCAAAAGAGUGCGAUACCCACCGAAGAAGUUGCGUUUUUAUGAACCAGACCCUGGCUCACCCAAAGAUGACUCCGAUGGACUUUUUGUAUUUUUGACCUUUGAAGAUGGAUACACGGCAAAGAUAUUUAAUGUCUGUGAUAUACUAAGCAAAGAUGAUAAACCCACUGCCUGCCUUAGAGAUCUGAAGCCAGGGGAAGAAGUACUUGCAAGAUGGUCCAACAGCAAGUUCUACCGCACCACAGUGGACUUCGUUGGAACAGAUAACAAGACAGUGGAUGCCAAGAAGGCCACAAAGAAAGACAUGAAAAAAAGAGAUGCAGCUGCUCAAAGAUUCUACAACCUUCCAUCACUACCUCAAGCAGGUCAGUCCACCUCUGUACAGGAUCAUCCAAAUACUGUGGACCACAAUGUCAUCCAGCCUCCAACUACCUGGCCAGUGUACCAACCUCAACCUAUCGAGUCAUCUUUACCUAUCCAGCCACAGCACCAGCCUGUAACUGCCUGGCCACAGUACCAGGUUCCAGUUUCCCAGUCAUCACCACACACGCAUCCAUGUUACCAGCAUCCACCUAUCCAGCCACUCCACCAGUAUGCACCCACUCUGUCUCCAGUCACACAUUGUUCCAACCUUUCGCAGUAUCCAAAGCAUCACCAACCUCACACGGCACUGCCCACAUCUUCAGACCUGUCACAACAACCUGUUUUGGUGGAUUUGGAUCACCGAAGACAGCCACCAGCUCCUACUGUAACACCCAAAGAAAGCUUUCUCAAAAUGUUGUACAGUCCUAAUAAAAACCAAAAACCUGCUGUUCUUGGGGACCAGAGCCAGCCUAGUACGUCUGAACAUGAGACUUCUUCAAGCUCAUCAUCUGCAGAUACUUUAAUCAUCGAGCGUGAUCCACUUCCAGAAUAUGGAGAGCCAGUUUUCAGUUUGCCUGAAUCAAGAGAAGACAGAUCAUGGAAGCCAUGCAGGGCAUGCAAGCCAGAGGUGGAAAAAUUAGUGGAGGAGAAGGCCAAACUGCAGGAUGUGCUGUGCGGUAUAAGUGGUGAGCACCUCGAGGCAUUAAAAAGCUUUCUGAACAAAGUGGAACAGAUCCAACCUCAGGCUGGUGUUGGGGCUCCAGAACACAGAUCUGGGAAGCAAGAGCUGUAUCCAGAAAGUGGCCUAUUCGUGUCUUCUACCCGCCUGGCUGCAAUACAUGCAGAAGCAAAGAAGGACUGCCUCCGAUUGUUCCAUCUUCUUUUUGAUGAGUUCUUUACUGCAGCAGAGUGCCGAAAUGCUGUGGCCUUUGGGAAGCACGGGAAGGUGCCAGAUGGGAAGACAGUCCUGGAUAAGUUCAAGGUCAAUGGGAUUCUAACUUACAUCAUGCGCUGUAGUACCCUGGAUGGAUGGACACCUGUGGAGAAAAGUAAGGUCAAAAAAGCCUUCAUAAACAAAUGCCGCAUCAGGGCCACAACACUGUAAAGUAUUGGAUGUGGCACACUGAGACAUUUGUUGAAAUGACCAUGUUCAAAAAAAGCCCCUGUAUACAAAUGCUGCAUGAGGGCCUUAAGACUCUAAAGUUGUUAAAUGUUGUGCAAUGUGCACUGUUGUAAAGUUGUGCUGAUACUGCUUAAAACACUGGAGACCUUGUUACUGUUUUAAAAACAUAGGUUUACUGAAAAGGGACACAUUUAUUGUUCAGGUUUUAUAAUGACAAU